AUGGGCCGCAAUCCCUCUCCUCUUUCAAAGGCCGAGCGACAGCGACAAGCCACCCAGAAGUACAUGAAUCAACCGGAUGUUAAAGAGAGGACAAACGCAAAGGCUCGGGUACGAUCAGCUAGCCUUGAUCUUCAGAAAUCGGGCGAGCUAGCAUCGAUUCCAUCUGCGCGAGCUUGCGCCCGUCGCAUCAACGUCCCUGAUCACACUACCAGCCCCUCUGCCCCGGUUGAUCCCAUCGACAUAACCGACUUCGAUAUGGUACUCCGUGCAUUCAAGGCGUGGACAUACGACUGGGGCCCUGAAGAGUCAUGGCUGAGAAAGCAGUGGCUCCUGAUCAGCAGGACUUUGAGUGCGGGUGAGUCCGUCUCUGAGCUUCACGAGGACUGGAGAGCACACGCUCAGAGCGGGUGGGCCAUCAUGAACGCGUUGCGACACUUGGUAGACAUCGCAUCUAAGGAGUGUUCAGGUAGUUCGUCGUAUAAUACACAGCUAUUUGACAUAGCAGCAGCAUUGGUCUCCGAGAUACGGUUUUUCGAGCGAGAGGAUUCUCGCAGGAUCUUAUUAGAGGACGGCUCGUUGUUUUAG